AUGGCAUUACUUCGUGUUCUCCAUGGCCCUUGUGCCACAGAUUUCUCCUUCCACCAUGACCAAAUCCUGUUAUCUUCAACCUCGCCCCAAAUUCAACACUUUUACAAACCUCUCCAGCUAAACAACGUUAUCUCCUUUCCUUCCUUAUCACUUAAAAUCCCAUCAAAAUCCCAAAGAUUGAAUCUUUAUCAAUUGCACGUUUCAUCUUCAAUUGAAGCAGAAGCCGUUACUGAAAGCCCAGAGGAUGUUGAAAAUGGAGAACAGGAAGAAGAGGAAUUUUCUAAGACCAGAAUCCUAGCCCAGAAUGUUCCAUGGACCUGCACUGCAGAUGAUAUUCGCCCUCUCUUUGAGAAGUAUGGAACAGUUGUUGACGUUGAGCUAUCAAUGUUUAAUAAAACCAGGAACAGAGGUUUGGCCUUUGUUACAAUGGGUUCACCUGAGGAAGCUCAAGCUGCUUUCAGCAAUCUGGAAUCGUAUGAAUACGCGGGUAGAGUUUUGAAGCUUAAUUGGGCUAAACCGAAAAAGAUCAAACCUCCUCCUCCAAAGCCAAAGCCAAAGACAUUGCCAAUACACAACUUAUAUGUUGCAAAUGUGUCCUUCCAAGCCAGGGCUAAAGAUCUUAAAGAGUUUUUCAAUGCGAAUAAUGGAAAUGUUGUUUCUGCCGAGAUUAUAUUUCAAGAUAAACCAAGAAGGUCUGCUGGCUAUGGAUUCGUCUCCUUUAAUACUAAAGAGGAUGCUGAGGCAGCACUCACAGCAUUUCAAGGAAAGGAGUUUAUGGGGAGACCGAUUCGUGUAGCACGAAGUAGGACAUUUUUAAGACCUCAAACAAAAGUGGCACUUAAUGGUACUGGGGAAGAGCCAGAGUCUUUAGAUAAAGUAGACUAA